UUUCGAGAGGCAAAUUGGCGGUUUUCCCUGUGCAGUGUGAGGACUGAGGGCUGCCAGGAGCUGAACAUAUUUGCUUUUCCAACAAGUCUUGACGCACAAGACGCGAGAGAGUCAACGCUGACGUUUCCCUGACCCUUUGGAGGAUGGUGGUGACUUCUGCUAUUGGGUCGUGACGCCUGCUCGUGCUGCCGAUAAGCCACGGAGCCUGGCCUGCCUCUUUCAGCCGCCCUCCAUAGAAAGAACGGCAGCAGCGCCAUGAUGGGUGCGAUGAUUUGCGGCUGCCUGGAGCCACAGCGGUGCAUUGUGGAUCAGAAUGAGAUGGAGAUUGGCUCCCCCCGCGGCGCCUCUUCAUCGGCCUUCGCCGUCACCUCGCCCCCCAUCAGUGCUCGGGGCGUCCCCCGGCCUCCCAAUGUCCAUCCCAAGGACGCCACGCCCUAUGUCAACCGCUACCCCAACAACACCCUGCCGCACAACACGAGCAUUCUCAAGUCUGCUCGCGUGUCGACCGCCAGCCCACGGCUGUAUAGUCCAGGAGCGGGAGUGCCCAAGAGCGCCGACAGCCUCCCAGCGUCGCAGCUGGGGACGCCGAGGCCGUAUGACAUCAGCCAACACGUAUCGCCGAGGCCACUGGGACAGAAGGCCAAUUAGCUUGCCUGGGAGGGAGAAGGGGAGGGAGGGAGGGGUGGUGUGGGUCAGGUUUGUGGCUUAUUCCUCUCUGACAGACAUGCACAACACUCGGGUGCCUGUGGGUCCGCUCGCGUGUGUGUGUGUGCGGUUUUGAACGACACUCCCUCUCCUGGCUGGUUCGGCUGUUGAAAGACAGACAAGACAAGACGACUGGCUGGCUGUUUGUGUGUGGCGUGCUGUGCUCUAUCUACCUAUCUAUCUAUGGCUGCAUUUAUAUCGUGCCCUCCCCCCACUUGCCGUUUGUCCGUCCGUCCGUCCGUCCGUCCGUGCGUGUACAGCUCAACCACUGGCCGACUGAUACGAUGCGUACCUUGCUUGCUGCCUGCCUGCCUGCAUACCGUUAAAUAGUUGGAUAGCGACCGACGUGUUUCUCUCUUUUUGGCGGGGUGAUCUGACCAUACACACAUAGGUAUGCACCAAACCCAUACACACAAGUGCUGUGCUGCAUGGGGGAGCAUCGCACGCGAGACUGGAUGGAUGGCUGGAUGGAUGGACGGAUGGCUGGCCAUUUCUUUCUUUGUCGAUUGGCUUCUCCCUCCUUCCCUGCCGGCCUGUCCGUGGGUGUUCGGUACAGUACGUGUGGAAUGGAAUGUGCGUGUGCGAGUGUGUGUGCGCAUAGGAUGCUGGCUUGGCGCCUGUCCGGUGAGAUAAAUACCUGCGUGCAUGGCAAAGUAGAGAGGGAAACGAACGAUCGGUGUACAGACGACGACCGGGGGUGCAGAGAAUGUGUGUGUGUGGAUGGAUUGCCUGCCUGCCUGCCUGCCUGGCUUGUGCGUCUGGGAGAGUGUCUGUAUGUGUGUGAAUGAACCAACAUGCGGCGUGGUGUUGUAAUUUUGAUUAAACGGUGUGAUUAUAUAAUAUGAUGGCGCCGUUGCUGCCUGUGCUGUUGGCUGUGUGUUGAGAC